AUGUUUGGUGAUCUAAGCAGCAAGUUUGGGUCUCUCUCUACUCACGUUCAAAAGCUUGAGGUGCAAAUCGCUCAAACAGCCGAGGCGGCCAAGAAACAAAAUGAGGUAAACACUCAAAAAUUUUGUAGUGUUGUCUCAUCUAUAGAUGGCACUAUUGUUCCUACACUAUCUCAAGGGGAAGAAGAAGAAAAUGAGCCUAAGGAGAGGCACAAACCGGAGAGAUACAGUUGGGAAUCAAGAAGAGCUUACAAGAGAAGACUUGAAGGCAAGCCACUACAAAAACAAGAAGAUCCGGGGAAGUUUGUGAUAACUUCAAGUAUCAAUGGCAUUCAACUCCACGAUUGCCUAUGUGAUACUGGUGCUAAUGUUAAUCUAAUGUCUCUUGCACUUGCAAAAGAUUUGGGAUUCAAGGAAUUCAAGAGCCCCAAGAUAAGAGUCGAGUUCGCGGAUCUAUCGUGCAUGGAACCUAUGGAAUGCUUGAAGAUGUCAUGA